AUGGAUUUUGAUACAAAGGUCUUCGUGGUCUUCGGAGCCACGGGUAUUCAAGGAGGUUCAGUCGCCAAGGCUAUCCUGGAUGACUCGAUUGCUGCAAAACAAUUUCGAGUCCGAGCUAUUAGCCGAGAUCCAGCCAAACCAGCUGCAACGGCUCUUGCUCAGCUGGGUGCCGAGGUCAUCAAGGCUGAUAUGGAAGACAAAGAAUCCCUGCGUACGGCUCUGAAAGAUGCCCACGCGGUCUUUGUGGUGACCAAUUUCUGGGACACAAUGGACCCUCUGGCCGAAACGAGACAGGGAAAGAAUGUUGCCGAUAUUGCCAAGGUAGUCACGAACGGGAAACUCACUGCAGCCGUCCACUUUGACAGCAAAGCCCGCGUCGACGAGUACAUCCGUUCCCUCGCGAUCCCACAUACCAUCGUCCAUCUCGGCGUCUACACCUCUUUUCUCUUAGAGUCUCUGGUCCCUGUAUCAAGCGACCCUCCCUCCUACAAACUGGCCUUCCCAGAGCCAGCUCAUCUCAAGGCCGCCAUGCCACUCCUUGAUCCCUCCGCUGACCUUGGUAAAUUCGUCAAGGCGAUCCUCCUGAGCCCGGGGAGAUCUUUCAAUAGUCAAUUCAACAUCGCCGAGAGGUAUUAUACUUUGGAGGAGAUGAUAGAUUUGAUGAAAAGUCUAGGAUUAAAUGUGGAGUUUCAGGCUAUCGAUCAAAAGACCUUCAAGGCUAGUCUUGCAGCCAGAGGGUGGCCGGACUUCUUGCAGGAGGAUCUGGUGCAGGUGAUCCAGUAUGCCGCUGAGUAUGGAUACUUUCAAGAUGAAAGAAUUGAACAAGCUCAUGAGCUUGUUUCCCAGCCGCUCACUUCGCUGGGAAAAUCACUCAGUGAAAGUCCUGACUUUGCUAAGCUCAUCAAGUAA